GGGUAAAAUCAGUCAGUGCUGAGAUGAGCUAGAAGUCAGUACGCGGUCAGUCGGCAUGCCAAGGGGGCUUGACCCAUUCCUUUAGUUAUUUUUUUGUGCAUACUUCAACAUCGAAAUGUCUCCAUCGGAAUCAACUCGGUUUUUCUCUGAGAAGGAGGUAGCCAAUCAUUCCACCAAAAACUCAUGUUGGGUAUUAACGGGGACGAGAAUUUAUGAUGUGACGGGAUUCCUUCGUAUUCACCCGGGUGGAGAGGCUCUAAUAUUAAGCCGGUCAGGGAAUGAUAUCAAGAUGGAGAUGGCGGGACCCCCACACCGGCACUCGGAGAACGCAAGGCGGUGGAUGGAACAGUACUACAUCGGAGAGCUGGACACAGACGGUAGUGCCGAUGAAAUACAGACGGCGAGGGAGAGGAAGAAGACAGUGGAUGAGGAGACUUCACCCAUUAGCAAAUGCAGUCAAGUCAACCUGGACACGGACCUGGUGGACUGGCGGAAGCCCCUGGCUUGGCAGGUGGGCAACCUGGGAGAGAAAUACGAGACCUGGGUGCACCAGCCUGUGAAUCGGCCCAUUCGCCUGUUUGGGAACAAGUUCAUGGAGGCCAGCACCAAGACAUCCUGGUAUAUGGUCCCUGCUGUGUGGAUGCCACUGGUGUUCUAUCUCAGUUGGUACUGCUACACCACCUUGGCUCAGGAGACAACCAGACUAUUCGCCAGCACAGACUAUUCUGUCCUGGUGCACAAGUACAGCUUUCCGCUCAUCUUUGUGAUGGGCAUGGUCACGUGGACCUUCAUCGAAUAUUGCGUCCAUCGCUUCGUCUUUCACAUGCGCCCGCCCGCCCACAACUAUUACCUCAUCACCAUUCACUUCCUGCUGCACGGACAGCAUCAUAAGUCUCCCUACGAUGGCUCCCGCCUAGUCUUUCCUCCUUGCCUGGCCUCAGUGGUGAUAGGCAGCUUCUACCUGCUGCUGACCAAGUCCUUCCCUGAGGCCUUAGGGGUGUCCCUGUUUGUGGGGGGGCUGUUUGGGUACGUGGUGUACGACAUGAUCCAUUACUACCUUCACUACGGCUCCCCCCAGAAAAACUCCUACCUGUACAGCCUCAAGGCAUACCACGUCAAGCACCACUUUGAAAACCAAAGAGCAGGCUUUGGAAUCAGCACCACAUUGUGGGACUAUCCGUUCAACACACUGAUCCCUGAACAGACCUUUCAGAAGACCCAACUUACUCUACUCUCCACUGGGGGACGACCUUCACCCAUCCCUCUUAGACCUGUCAAUCAACCCCUUCAAUGACGCCACACCCUUUGACCCCAGCCUGUCCCUAUAGUCUGUCUGUCUGUCCUUGUCUUUGUCUCUGGCUGGCUCUGGCUGCUUCGAACAAAACACAACAAAACAACACACACUUCUCCAAUAUGUUCUACCUGUCAGUCAGAGAAGAAAGGUAUCUUUUCAGAACUGGAGAGAUGGAGGUUUGGGGUGAUUCUGUAUGUUUUGUUUAUAAUCGACAACAUUAUCAAAUGAAGAUUGUAUGACUAUAAUGUAGUAAGGAGGAUGAUACAUGCAGUCACAGGAUAUAACAGUCAACAUCCCGCCAGAGACCGUAUAGCCAUCAAACUCAACUCUGGACCUUGAAGUCAGUUCCACUGGGUUUUUCAUUGUUCCCCUCUAAUAAGGGACUGAUUUAGACCUGGGACGCCAGGUGGGGUAAAUUCAUUAUCAGGUAGAACAGAAAACCAGCAGGCUCUGGACCUCGAAUAAGUGAGAGAGGGAGUGUGAAUGUGGAAGAGAGGAUAAAGAGUGAUUUUUAGGAGGGUGAAAGUUAGAGAUUAUAGUUGUCCUUAUAUACAGUUGAAGUUGUAAGUUUACAUACACUUACGUUGGGGUCAUUAACUUGUUUUUCAACCACUCCACAAAUGUAUUGUUAACAAACUAUAGUU